AUGCUAAUGAAAUUAUUAAAUCAUCGUUUGACAUCUCGAAUAGUUUUUGUUAGACUUUCAGUGACUAUUCCAUCUGAUUUUGAUUUGGGUAUUCAAAUGAAAUUGCUCAAUGAUAAGAAACAAUUUAAAAAAGCACUUGAAUUAUUUGAUACAUACAAGGAAAAAAAUAAUCAAACACUUUCUAGUUAUAUCAUUACUCAAGCUUUGAAAACAUCUGCUCAAAUUGGAGAUCUUCAACGUGGUUCAACUAUUCAUCGUCUUAUUCCGUCACGAAUAAAAGAUAAUUCUUACAUAUUAACAUCAUUAAUUCAUCUCUAUAUGCAAUGUGGUGAUGUGACUCGUGCUCAAUUAUUAUUCGAUUCAACAUCAAAGAAAAUCUUGCAAAUGUAUGGAGCAAUGAUGAAAGGUUAUAUUAAAAAUAAUAUGGCAAAUAAAGCGAUUGAUUUGUUCAAUGAAAUAAAGGAUCCGGAUGAAAUUGUUACAAAUCUCUUAUUCAAUGCCUGUGCUGAAUUGAAAACUAGUGAAGCAUUAAGUUUAACAAAAAAAGUGUCAUCACAAAUGCCAAAAUUGUUUUAUUCAAAUCUUCGUCUUUUAACUUCUCUAUUAGAUUCAUUAAUUAAAUGUGGUGAUGUAACACAUGCUCAAUCAUUAUUUGAUGCAUUAACAAAGAAAAUUUUACCAAUGUAUGGAGCAAUGAUGAAAGGUUAUAUUAAUAAUAAUAUGACAAAUAAAGCAAUUGAUUUGUUCAAUAAAAUUCAAAAUCCAAAUGAUGAAAUUAUCAUAAUACUUUUGUUUAAUGCUUGUGCUCAAUUAGGAACUAAUGAAGCAUUAAAUUUAACAAAAAAAGUAUCAUCACAAAUUCCAAAAUCAUUUCAUUCAAAUUUUCAUCUUUUAACUGCUCUAUUGGAUGCAUUGAUUCAAUGUGGAGAUUGUUUAAAUGCAGAAAUUCUUUUUUCAAAAAUGAAAAAAUCUGUAAUAGGUUAUGGAAAUUUAAUGAAUGGUUUUUUUAAAUCAAAUAAUCCUGCUAAAGUUUUAAGUUUAUUUAAUCAAAUGAAAAUUGAUAAUAUUGAACCAGAUUUAAUUAUUUAUUUUUAUAUAAUCAAAGCUUUAUCUCAAAUUGGUGAUUAUUCACUAGCUCAAUCAAUUGUUGAAAAAAUUCCAAAUUAUUUUCUUGUUAAUGAUAAAAUUCAAUAUGCAUUAGUCAAUAUGUGGGGCAAAAUUGGAUGUAUUGAUCGUGCAAUAGAAAUUUUUGAAAAAAUUCCUGAAUCAAAUCAAAUCGAAUAUGGAUCAAUGAUUAAUUCUUAUGGUUUAAAUGGAAUGGGUAUUCAAGCAGUUGAACUUUACUGUCAAAUGUCAUCAGAAUUUAUGAAUGAAUCAAAUUAUAUUUGUGUUCUAAAUGCAUGUUCACAUUCAUGA